AUGUCGCUUCCAGAGUGGCACUCCGUUAUCAACAACCUCGUGCAGGAGCAGGGUGCAACUUCUGCCGUGCCUAAUGUGUACGCGUUCGCGACCGUCGAAGAUAGGGCGCCGAGGGUGCGACAUGUAAUACACCGUGGAUUCUCUCCUUCGGGCUUGUUCCUCGCAACAACAGACCGACGCAUGCCCAAGGCCACGCAGCUUGACAACAACCCGGCCGCGUCCAUCGCGUGGUACUUCAGCGUAUCGUGGACCCAAGUGCGCGUUGUCGGCACUGCAUUCACGUAUCCUGGAGGACACCCUCCAACGGCCGAAACGCCAGAAUACUGGGAACACGAGCGCGAGAGGCUGUUCGAGCGCGGGAUCGGGCCUGCGCUAAAGGCCAGUUUUGCACGCCCAGAAGCGCCUGGUACUCUGCUCAAGGACGCGCCACCGGCGAUUACCUGGCCUACAGAGCUGGGGCGGGAAGGGUUUGAAAACCCGGAGGAGCAGGCGCAGCUCGCGUUUGCCCACAGCAACUUUUGUAUCCUUGCGCUGGACCCCACGAUGGUGGAGGUGCUGGAGCUCAAGUGCACACCGCAUAGGCGCACGGCAUGGACGCUGCGUGACGGGACAUGGGUGAAGGAGGAGCUUGUGCCGUGA